UCUACCAUAAAUCAACAUCAAAUAACUCGGUUAAUCAUCUCACGAUCAACUCACAGCUAGCGACCUGAAAAUGGAGUUCUUCACUAUCUUCCCUUCAUGGCUUCUUACAACAGCAUUAGUUUUGUUCGCGUUCUUCAUGUUUCUAAACACUCUAAGAUCAAAUAGGUCAUCCAUAACAGCCCCUAAGCUCCCCCCAAACCCUCCAAAGCUUCCCAUAAUUGGACACUUGCACAAACUAAUAGGUAAACCUCAUCACCAAGCCCUAUGGGAACUUUCCAAAGAAUAUGGUCCCAUCAUGCUACUCCAUAUUGGUUCAAAACCAUUCCUUAUCAUCUCUUCACCUGCCAUGGCCAAACAAGUCUUGAAAACCCAAGAUCACAUAUUUUGCUCCCGUCCAUUGUCCAAGGCAGCGAAGCGGCUAACAUACAACUACUUGGACAUCGCCUUCUCGCCUCAAAGCGAUCACCGGAAGGAGAAGCGCAAGAUUUUGGUAUCCGAGUUCUUGGGUCCCAAAAGAGCUAGGUCGUUUAACCAUGUGUUGGUGAUGGAGAUUGAGAGCAUGGUUCGUGUUCUCUCUUCGCAUCCGGCAAAUACCGAGGUAAACCUAAGCAAGAUGUUGUUAGAAAUGGUUAAGGAGGUGGUGUGUAAGGUGGGUUUUGGUAAGACCUAUAGAGGAGAAACGAUUAACGGUUCGUCAUGGGAAGAGAUCCUUGAGGAAGCUGUGGUAAUGCUGAAAGGAUCACUUAGUGAUAAUUUUUCAUGGGUUGGUGAAACUUUUGACAUAAUUAGUGGUUGGAACAGGAAGCUGGAGAGAUGUUAUAGUAAUCUUGAUGCCUACAUCCAAAUGAUUGUGGAUGAUCAUAACAGUCAUAAGAUUGCAGAAAUAAGUGAAGAUGAAAAGGAUUUUGUUCAUAGAUUAAUCGAGUUAUCUUCAAUGGAGAAUGCUUCCAAUCAUCAAUUGACUAAAGAAGACGUGAAAGCGCUUAUAAUGAACGUAUUCACAGGAGGAAUUGAUACAACUGUUGUGGCAAUGGAAUGGGCGAUGUCCGAGAUUGCUAGAAGUCCUAGAGUGAUGCAAAAGUUGCAAAAUGAAAUCCGAAACAACACAGGAAGAAUAGACAAUGUAAAUGAACUGGAUAUCUCAAAAAUGAUAUACUUGAAAAUGGUGGUGAAAGAGGCACUGCGAUUGCACUCGCCUGCCCCGUUAUUGAUCCCACACGAAUGUUCAAGCCACUGUCAAAUUGGUGGCUAUGAUGUCUUUCCAGGGACAACCACUGUAAUCAAUGUUUGGGGGAUAGGAAAAGAUCCAAGCACUUGGGGAGAGAACGCGGCUGAGUUUUAUCCAGAGAGAUUUGAAAAUCUUGAAGUUGAUUCUGGAGGAAAUUUUGAGAUGCUUCCCUUUGGAGGGGGCCGAAGAUCGUGCCCUGCUAUAAACACAGCUCCAACAACCGUAGAGUUGGUGAUCGCGAACCUUCUUUAUUGGUUUGAUUGGGAACUUCCUGAUAGUUUGAAGAACAAAGAUUUGAACAUGGAAGAGGAGGGAUCCCUAAUUAUUCAUAAGAAAGUUCCACUAUGCCUUGUUCCUACCAAACAUAUUUGGGAAGACUAGUAACCUAGCUAUUUGUUGGUCACUCUAAUAAUGAACCUUUGGUAUUUGUUGGUCAUUCUAAUAAUGAACCUUUGGUAUUGGUUGGUCACUCUAAUAAUGAACCUUUGGUAUGUUGGUCACUUGAAGCAACUUGACAACUUAAAACUUGUAUUGGAUUUGUGAACACUGUGUUGUAGAAUAUAUGUUUACCAUCAUAUUUUAAUUAAAAAUAUAGAAUCACCCGUUAAUUCAUUUCGGUUA